AGCAAGUUAAUCUGAAGGCAGAGAAGUAUUUUUUCUAGAAAAAAAUUUAAAUUAGCCAUGUUUAAAAGAAAAUUAACAGCCUUAGAGUACCACCACCCAGAUACCUUUAACGUUGACUCUGAAGAAGAAUGUAGGAAUCUCGUCGUGUGGUUAGAGGACCAGAAGAUUAGGUUUUAUAAAAUAGAAGAUAGAGAAGCAUUACGGGACGUGAAGAAUGAUAACUGGACGAAAUCUCUAACAAAGUAUUUAUUAGACUUGCAAUGUCCAUUACUAAGUAAACAGAAAACCAGUGUAAUGGAUUGGCUGCUGUCUCAUGCCAUUAGGCUGGAAUACUCAGAAAAUGCACAAAAAUUUAACAGUCUUGUGAAGGAGGAAAAGGAGUCCAGUCAAUCAGAAGAAAACACAGGAUUCACACAAGAUCUAUUGAAUAUAACAACUGAUGAUCCAGACCUUAAGGCAGGAAUAAUAUCGUUAUCAAGAUUACUCAACCUACCAGAACAUCAUGAUCACUUUGUACUUCUACAGGCAAUAAGAUCAUUGAUUGAUGCUAAACUUUCACAAGAAGCAAUACAAGAGUCAGGAAAAAAGAAAAAGGAGAAAGAAAGUGUGUCAAAAAAGUCAUCUGAUAUCAUAUCAUUACACAGAACAGAUCUUGGAUUUGACACUGGAGACCCUGCAGUUAAUGAAGCAGCCAAAAUUCUACGACUCCUACAUGUAGCAGAGCUGCGAGAUCUUCAGACUAAAAUCAAUGAAGCUAUAGUCAGAGUACAAGCCGUAACAGCCAAUCCUAAAACUGACCAAAAACUUGGACGGGUUGGAAAGUAGGGUUAAUAUAUUAAUAUAUUAUUACAUGGUUAUUGCUGUUAAUUUAAUAAUCCAGCCAGAUAUUCUAUUGUUAAGCACUGGUAGCAAUUCAUAAACUCUAUCAUGCAAGAAACUAAUGCUGGUUAGAUAAUGGUCUUGUUGGAAAGGAGUAUUAUGGUCAUCACGUAACGCAAUGCUUUUGGAAGAAUUACCUGACACUAUUACGUCACGCAAAUAAAGUUUUUUUCUUGUGAAAAUUGCAAUAUGACGUCAACAGAAAAAUUAAUGCAUGCUGGAGAAGGGGGAUGGGUGUAAUGUAACGCACUGCUUUUAGAUAUACUCCGGACGUGACAUUCUCCUGCUGCGUCACGCAAGGGAAUGUUUCUUGCACCUGCAUAUGAUGUCGACAGAAAAACAAAUGCAUUUUAGAGAAGGGGGAGGGUUGGAAUGAAGGGGCCAAAGUCGUGCAUGUAACACAAUGCCUCUAGAAAAACUGCACGUGACAUUCUCCAUGCAAGGGAAUUUUUCGUGCAGCUUAUUACAACAUAUUUAUAUAAGCAGGAGAUUACUGCAUGCUUGGGAAGGGGUAAUUUAAAAUAAUCAAAGUGCAAGGAAGAAUUGAUACUAUGUUUAAUGUUUAGGGUGAGGUGGUAUUUUGUAAGCUGGCAAACAUUGUCAACCAAAUAAAAUAUUUCAGUUAUUA